AUGCGCGCCGUCUACGCCAUUCUCACCGUCCUGGCCGCCUCUGUCUCGGCCCGCUUUGACGGCCCUUGCACGGAUACCGCCUGCGGCACGGCCAGCGUAAAUUGCGAGGCCGACGGCAUGGUCUGCGUGCCGUUCCCCAGCGUUGAUGUUGAGAAGCGUCUUGGAUGCACCUGCAGCGUUGGCUAA